CAGGUAAUUGUUAGAUUUGUGUUGCUAAGAAAAUAUCAAUCCGUCAAACAAAAAUCAUCGUCUAUGUAAGGCAAAACAAACUUUGCAUUCAAUAAGAUGCCAUGACAGUUAUGACUGAGGGUUCUUUACAAUUCAAACGCAUUUGUAGAAGCCCUAAGCUAAAAUUGACUGUCGACAACCGGUUUAAAGAUAUUUUGCCUGCAGUAGUUAAUGUUUCAGAUCUCUCAAAAUGUUUGCAAACUCAACUAACACCAAUAUCGAAAACUACAACUGGGCAUCGGUCCAGCUCAAUAUCAUUAUGUUGCCUGUUGGCCUGUCACUGUUGCUGAUUGUCAGUUUGUCUGCAUGCAUAUGUCACUGGUUAAGAAAAAGGCGUUUAAAGAUGUUGGCUAGACAACACAAGCGUCAGCAAAGAAAUGCCAGGGUGAAUCAAAAUCCAGAAAGAGUAGUAAGUUUUGCGUACUUUGAGCGCUCGCCAACCCGUACGAACUCGGUCAAUACACCAAGGGACCGCUCCUUCUCACCAACACAUCCAGCUACGCUUAGAAAGGAAAAGAUAAAAAAGAAAAGGGAGAAAAUGACUCACUCUUUAAUUAUAGAAAAUGGACACCAUUACGCUGAUAAAAAUCCAAAAAUUACAUCAGAAAAUCAUGAAAAUGCAUUAAACGGCAAUGCAAAUGUAACGAAAACACGGAACGGUAAGGUUGCUCCGGAAAGACGUGCGUCCGGAAUUCCUGUGCCUGUCAAACACAAUACUAGAGUUAAAAGGAAGACAUCUGUCGGGAAUGGUAGUUCAUCAUCAGGUGGUAGUUUUCUUGAAGGGAGACCUCAUACUGUAGAUACUAGUAAACCAUAUACAAUUGAUAUGGAUACGAUAAAAACACCUGCCAAAGACCGUCGAAAAUGGGUUAUCCCGGACACACCGAGAGUAGAUUAUGAUCACAAAGGCAGUCUACGUCUUCCACCCUUAUCUGAAAUACGAACGGCAAGUACAGCUUGAAAAAGCGUUUCUGCAGCGUUGCCUGGUUGUGUGUAGCUUUCUCUAUGAACGAAGAUUUUUCAUAUCAGAUUGUUUCAACCUACAGGGAUUAAUCGCUUGAAUGCCAGUUCUAUUAUUGCCAAGGGUGUUCAAUGAAGUUGCAGUAUGCUUUCCGCCCAGAUCAGUGAAUGUAAAAUAAAAAGGCCUGAAGCAUCGUUUUUAUUAUUAAGUAUGGUCUUCUUUAGCAUACCCUGAUGUAGCAAACACCACAGAAGGGAACGAUUGGUCAAUAUUGCUAUAGCUAAAGAAAAAUACAGUAAAUGAAUUAAAGAAAGCUCCAUUUUAUGGCUUGAUGCUGAGGUUAGCCUGCAGGUUUUACGUCAUACUAGAAAGCACUUAAAAAUACCCUUUUUUAUAAAAAAAAUCCUUAAGAACACGAGCCUCAAAAAGUGGUGAAAAGUUAAGAACAAUUGAAGAAAAAGCUGGGGCUGAGUUACUUAAGAUGUCAUUUUCAACAAUGUUUCAUCUCAAAAACGAGAAUGUGGGUGCUUUUACGAUGAAUUUUCAAACCUGUAGGCAAAUGAAAGAUGUCUCACUCAAUUUGUUGGCAAAUGAGGCUUGAUCAACUCCCUUAAGCGAUAAAGGUAGCAAUUGCACUGCUUAUACCCUGUUGAUCUCAGAACAAAUUAAGAACAAUCAACCUCAAAUUUUUUAAAAAAUUAAGAACGGUCAGCCUGAACAUAAAUUUACUGGUUCAUAUGAAGAAAAAGUGAAUUAGACAUCGCUCGGCCAAAUUCAUUUACCAAAUAGCCAUUGCGCAAGGUACUCUGUUUCUAGAAUCUUAAAAAAACGCAAAUCGCGUGUAAUUUGUUCAACAACAAGGACAAUAAACUCGAACGAUGAAGGCUCAGCUGUUCGCAAAUACUUGGAUGAAACAGGUAUCCAAUUUCUUAAAAGUUAUUCUCCUUUUGAGAAACAGUUCUGCGUACGUCAAAAGACCCUUGGACCUGUGCUCGUUUUUGUGUUGGAACUUAGGAUACAAAUAAGCUGUGUACAAUUCGAUUUGUAUUACAAGACUUGCUUUUCCUUAAAAUGAAGACUGAAAAUGAAGCCUCAGUGAAUGAUUCUUGUAUCGAUGAAACGGAGAAAGAAAUCAAGAUAUGUGGCAUGAAAGAGUCAGUAGUGAGGAUCGUAUUUGGAAUUAUCAUUGUCUUAGUUAUAUCAAUAUCAUGGGUUGCCGCCACACAGUUUGCAAUGAGGACAUACACAUCAAGUUUUUCAGCACCAUAUUUCACAACAUGGUUCACAACAUGUUUCAUGGCAAUAGUCUUUCCACUCUUCAGCCUUUCACAGUUUUUCAAGAAAGAGCCAUGGAGGUUUAAAGUAUUUUGCAGGGACAGUGCAAAAAUAUUUGGGCCACGUGGUGUUUGCCUUAUAAGCCUCAUUAAAUACACACUACCGUUUUGUAUUUUGUGGCUCAUUACCAACUACCUCUACAUCCGUGCUCUCAAAGAACUCAAUCCAGCUGAUGUGACAGCUCUUUUCUCAUCAGUCAGUGCAUUUGUUUACAUUUUUUCCAUUGCGCUUUUAAAAGAGAAGUUUUUCAUAACCCGGCUCACAGCUGUGUUAAUGUCAAUUGGCGGCAUUGUAUUAUUUGCCUCAACCUAUGGCUUCAAAGGACCCACAGCAGAGGGCAUUGUGUUGACUGUUAUAGCAGCGUCAGGAUCAGCAUUGUAUCAGGUCAUGUUCAAAGUCGUUGUCAAAACUGCAACUGGUUCUCAAGUGGCAUUAUUUCUUUCACUGUUAGGCCUCUGCAACAUUCUUGUGUUUUGGAUCGUUAUCUUGCCCUUCCAUUUUACAAAGUACGAAAGUCUCGAUUCUUCUGACUUUCCAUGGGUUUACUUGAUCGGCAGUGGCCUUCUAAUACUCGUGUUUAACUACAUGGUUAACUUUGGUAUUGCCUUCACUUCGCCGUUAUUUAUUGCACUUGGAACGCUGUUGGGUACACCACUGAACGCCGCGACUGAUUACAUUUUCAACAGGCAGUCGUUCGGUUACCUUAAAAUCAUAGCAACGUGUCUGAUACUCGGUGGUUUCUCGUUAAUGCUUAUUCCCAAUAACACCUUGCGUUCAUUUGAGCGAAAGCUUGUGUGUGCUAAAGAUGAGAUUGAGGAAUCAGAACCAAUCGAGGCUAGUGACAAAAUGUUCGAAGGCGGUAAAUCUACAAGCAUGUAAAUCUAGAGAAGACAAGUAAUCAAGGUAAUGAGUUUUUAUUAUUUGAUAUUGCAAACUAAAUUAUCAGAAGUUUUGAUGCUAUAGAACUGAUUGUUGUCUGCAAUAGUAAUUAACACUGACAUGUUAGCGAAUUCUUGCAGAAAUUAUAUUUUGUAGCAAAAUUCAGCAAAGAUUCCAAGCUUACAUCAAGCUGAUAGCGUUUUUAUAUUCAGUUUUGUUUAAUAUAUCACUAGGGUUUUAUGAUAUGGAGUUUGAUUGUUCGAUGUAGAAUAAAUAACAGCCAGGUAGGAUGUUUCUUGUAAACACUAUAACAGUGCUGUUUUAAUGUAUUGUCUGUUUUUUGUCAAAUAUGGUUAAUUGUGCAGCAAACUAGUAUAUAUUGCCACUAUCGAUUAAAUAGAACGUACAAGAGUCAUGCAUCAAGCGCUGCCCAUAAAGAUGGCAUUUCUGACCCCAUGUUGAAUGGCUUGCCCUUCUCAGGGACAUGACUAUGUACUGAACAUUCAGUACUAGAUUUGAUUGAAAACAGCGCUUUUUGUCUCAUAAUUCUUCAAAUUUGCACUUGAUCACUCAUACUGGUUCACUGCCAUUAUAAUCCUUUAUAAUACGUGUGUCGACCUUGAAAUAUUUGUUUGGUCCUUUAUGAAUAUUCGGUUACAAGUCUUUGAGAAGUUAUAAGAGCCUCUCUACAGCUUCCAAUUCAAAUUUGUUUCCCACAAGAAACUCAGUUUUAGUCAGUAAACUGACGCACAGCGUAGCUGCAGAAGACAUCGAGCCUACAGACUAUUCUGCUUAGGAACAUUAUUGUUUAUGUUCGAAUCUUUUAGAAUGUAUAUUUGAAAAUCCAUUCAUGGAUUCUACAGUUGAAAUCAGUUUUAUUGCCACUUAGUAUGUGAUGUUUUUAAUCUAAAUACAUGAUUGUUUUAACUUAAUCAGCGAAAAGCGAAAUCCAUAUUACUUUAUGCAAAUUAGUUAUUGUGUCAAAUUAAAAGUCGCUCCUCCGUGAUAGUCAUAACCCAUGUGUGCUUUCCAAGAUACUUUGCAAGAUUGAUGUCAAAAUCAAAAUAAAUAUCUAGAAAUGUGUGUGACCUCCCUUUGGCUAAUGUGUGAAGAUUUUUCUCAGAAAAACCGUAUUUGAAAUUAACAGUAGUGUUUGGAAAGUAGCUUAUAAAGGUUUAGGUUUCUUUUUCUGCCCGACCUUACUCGCCAUUUUAGGCAUGCAGACAUCAAUUUUCUGGAUAAGCCGUAAAUGACUAUUAAAAGAAAUUGUGAUAAGUUUUAAUUUGUUGAACAAGUGAGUUAUUUUGAUACAAUGGAGAACUUUGCUUGAGGCCACCAUCAAGUCAAAAAUAUCUUUUGUUGCAAUUUGACACCUACAAUGCCUACAAAAAGUCUUUUUACACCAAUAGCAUUUGUGAUUCAUAUUUGCAGUUUCCCGUUUCUUCUCAAACAUUGUUGAAUUGCACUCCAUAGAAAUACACUCUUCGAAUAAAGGCUGUAGUUUGGGAACUAUCAAGGACGAGGUGCAAUGCUCACAUUUAUUUUGAAAAUAGAGGGGGACUUUGCUACAGGGGCGGACACUUGGUCAAAUAUUGGGGGGAAGCCUAUUGUUUUUAUAACACGACAUCACAUUUCCCAUUGUUUUAAAACAAAGGACCAUUGUCCUCUAAAGUAUUGGGGGGGGGGCGGUCGCCCCCUCGCCCCCCCAAGUGUCCGCCACUGCUUCGCUAUUUCUAUUGACGAAGUCCCCCCUCUAUUUAAAAUAGAAUAAAAAAAAAUUCAAAUUUUAAAAUAGAUCAAGAAUUGACUGAAAUUGCUUGGGUAUUCCAAUCACUUUUCGCGUGGAUAGCACCUGCAUCUUAGAUUGAUACCCCUAAUCUCGCAUGUAUUGUUCUUUGCAAUAUUUUGGCGAGUGUCAUGCAUAUUUCGCAAUAUUCUGCAUAUUCUGCGAAUUUUGACAAUGUUGUUAUGUAGUUAGCAUCAUUGUUAAUGACCAGUCCAUCAUAUCGAAGAAUAUUUAGCAUUUUUAUUUCAUAGAAGUAAUAGUUAAUGCAUGAUGUUGUGUGUUUGAAAGUCGAGGUAGAGUUAUAUUAUGAUGUCGUUGGACUAGAUUUCUGCCAAGUUGAAUUGAGUUGAAGUGACAGUAAGUUUUCUAAUUCCAGUUUUCGUUUUAUAUCAUUCUCAUGCAUAUCGUUACUAGUUACGUUGUUUGUAGUAAAUUUAAUCCAUCGGUAUUACAUUUACGCA